AUGGUUAGAUUUAAGGAUGUGACGUCAUUGGUGUACCAUGAUGUUUGCAUAUCUAUCAUCAUCAUUUUGGGAUUAUGCCACAUGACAUUAUCUGAGAAGAAAUGGUUGGAAUCAGACAUAUCAGCUACUAGGGGACAUUAUCCAGGAAUGUUCUGUCGGAUAACAAACGUGAUUUUAAGUGCCAAAGAUCAAAAGAUUUAUUAUAAAAACGACAAAUCAAACUUUCAGUUUAAAGUGGAUAAUGAGUGUUUUUUGAAUAAAGAAAUGUGGUCUUUAACUAAAUCUGAAAAUACUUCCAGUCAGUGUGAUGAGAUACUAGAUUCUGGAUUUUUCUUUCCUUUUUAUUAUUUUCGAGGCGGCAGUAAUUACCAUCAUCUACAUUUCGAUAUUCUCAUGCCUUUGUACAAUUAUUUAUAUUUUCACAAAAGAAACAAUAAAAAUACAGCGUUAUUUCCUGGAGUUGAGACCAGCCGUUUACAGGUAGUUGAUUGGUUGACCCCAGCUUUUGAUGAUGAAACAAAGUAUUGGAAUCAUGUCAUAUCAGUAUUUAGAUAUGAAGAUUUGAGUUAUAUUCCAGUAAAUGGAGAUCUAGUCAAUUCUAAUAAAAAUAUAUGUGUAAAAGCAGCACAUUUUGGGUUACCAAAAGCGGAUCACACUAAUUCCAGUUUUUUAAAAUCAUUUGUUCAGUUCGUUAAAAAUAAAUUAAAUGUCACACAUGAAAGACUGAGCGAUCAGAGAGUUGGACUUAUUAAAAGAUCCAAUAGAAGAAGAAUAUUGAAUGAAGAAUUAUUGAUAGAAAAAGUCAGAGAGUUUGUGGAUGCUGAGUUGGUAGAAUUUAGUGGUUUGACAUUUCAAGAACAGGUUAAUAUUGUCCAACAAUAUUCAGUAUUAAUAGGUAUGAAUGGUGCUGGGUUGAUGAAUGCUAUUUAUCUCCCUCCUGGAUCAGUAACAAUACAACUUGUCCCUUAUAAAGCUGAGGUGGAUCAUAAAAAACAGGCAGCUAUCUAUUCAGCCAGGGGACCAUAUUUAGAAUGGCAUAAUGAACAUGAAGAUAAAGUAUCAUUGAGUAACCCGGGGAGCUAUUCUCAAGCUGAUACAGAGGUGGAUGUUGAAGAAUUUUUAGCCUUGGUUAAAAAGGCACUGACAUUAGUGAAUGGUGAUUUAAUAAAAGAAGAAUUGUAG